UUCAAAAGCUAACCUAGCACCCACGACUUGCUUCCAACCUUUGCCAAACAAACAGAUAAAGCGACAAUGGAAGGCUUUGAGCUUCUAACUCCCCCCUUAGGGUUCCAGAACGGCUCCGCCCGUCUUCUCACGGGAGACCUGGUCGUGCGGGACAUUGAGCGCUGGUGUCGUCGAAAAGCUGAGAAGGGUGGCGUCAAGCCAGUCAUGGCCGUUAUCUUCUUUAACACAGGCACUGAGGCAGUAGACUAUGUCAAGAUCAAGGCUCACGUUGCUGCACGGGCUGGCGUCAGCUAUUGGGUAUAUGAGAUGCCCGUCGACGCACCAACAAUACAGGUCAUGAGCCAAGUCAAGAAGCUGAACAAGAACCCUCAAAUCCACGGCAUCCUUAUACAGCGCCCGUUGCCGCGCCAGUUGAAUGAACCAGAGAUCAUGGGAUAUAUCGAUCCUGUUAAGAACAUUGAGGAGUACGCUAAAUGCCAGGCCGACAAUAUUGCUGCAGACGCCUUGGUCCGCUUGUUGGCCAGGUAUGGGUUGCUAGAGUCAGCACAGCAGGCCAGAAUCCAGAUUGUCGGUUUUGGGAACAUCAUUACGAAAGAGUUCAUCAAGCAGAUGAAGCGCCAAUUCCCCCACGUAAGCGCGUCUAAAGACUUCGAUCCAUCCUAUGAUGCCAGUCAAGACACACGUGAAGCUCUUCAGAAGGAAGUUCAGAGACCACGCGCUUCCAUAAUCAUCUCGGAAAUGCAUCGCGGACCCGGUUUCAUCAAAGCGUCCAUGGUCAAGCCAGAAGUGAGUGUCUUGGUUGAUCUUGGCUUCUAUGCUACAGAAAAGGGCGUCAUCGGCGAUGUGAGCCACUCCCUCUUUGACAGGAGUGAUCUAGCCAUUGCCCCGACACCGGGAGGAGUCCUUCCCAUCUUGUUAUGGAUCAUGAUGGAGCGGACGAUCAAGGCCAAGCAGAUGAUCGCGAAGGAAGAGCUGCGAGGGUCUUGUUGCUUAACCAUGUAAGACUAGCAGAGGUGGCAGAGAACUUAGAUUCUUAGAUGUUAUUAAGCAUAGCCUAUAAAAUGAAAACCUCAUCUUAUCUCAAAACAGAGGAGAUCAGAAGUGUGUAGCAA